UUAUUUUUGUUGUUGUUUGAAGCGGCCUCUCAAGGAAGUGAUUGUGGGGUGUAACAGAAACGGUCGAACAGAAACAUUGAAAAAAGAAAAUGCCAGCUUAUCACUCACAGUUUACAAACCCUCCUAAACUUAUAGGAAAUGUAGCAUUGGUUCCACUUAGAACAAGCUACAAAGGACCAGCACCAAAAGACAGUAGUGACUCAGACAUUAUAGAUGAAGCUAUUUAUUAUUUCAAGGCCAACAUAUUUUUCAGAAAUUAUGAAAUCAAGAGUGAAGCAGAUAGAACACUCAUUUACAUAACUAUGUAUGUAACAGAAUGUUUGAAGAAAAUGCAAAGAUGUAAUUCCAAAAAUGAUGCAACGAAAGAAAUGUAUACUCUAGCAUUAAAGAAUUUCCCCAUUCCUGGAGAAAGUGGUUUUCCAUUAAAUGCCAUGUUUGCUAAACCUAAAAGUAGAGCUGAAGAAGAUACCAUGAGGAACUACUUCUUACAGAUUAGACAAGAAACAGGAUUAAGGAUGUGUGAUAAAGUAUUUGAAUCAGCUACAGAUAAACCUAGCAAGUGGUGGCUAUGCUUUGCAAAGAGAAAGUUCAUGGACAAAAGUUUAUCAGCACCUGGACAAUAGGAAGACAAUUAUAGCAAUAUUUUACAUUAUUUUAAUACAAUGCUUUUAUGUCAUUUUAUUAAGAUUUUUGAUUUAUAUGAACUUUAAAAAAAUAACUAUGUCUUUUGUAUAGAACAUCUUUUUCAAUAAAUACAUAAACAUUACAUUGUGAUACAGUCAAGUAGGAACUGUUUUAUCACUUUGACAUAUAAUUGAUAGAGAUCAAUUAAUUAAUUUCAAAAUGGUGCUUGUCAUAAUUGAUAAUAACAUUUAACCUCUAUAAAUUUAUUACAUGUACUGAUAUUACCAUUCUCAAGUAAUGUUUAGGGGAUGUUCAAUAUUGAAUAGGUUCCAUUUUUUCUGUAGCCUCUGUUUUAAUGAAAAAGUAAUCGAUAGAUGACUGUCAUUAAAGAGUUAUCAAUAUGGGCCAUUUUUAUUGAUGUCCAAUAUAAAUUUUGGUUAAUAAUAAAUGUGUGAAUCCUCCAAAAAGAGAAGGAAUAUGUUUUCAUACUGGCCUACUAAGAGAGAAAAAGGUACUUAAAAUCUAUUUAAAGGAAAUCAUAACCAUGGGUACAUAUAUUGAAAUGCAUGUACUUGUAUGUGUAUAUUUAUCAAAUAAAUGAUAUUUAUUAUUAAAAAUAAAUUUUAUACACUU